AUGCAAAUCUCAGUCGUCUCCUAUCUUACUUCUACUGUUCUCCAAGCAUACAGAGAUAUGGAGAUCCAGAAAAGCAACCAGGCUUCAAUGUUGAUGUUCACACGGGACCCCCCUUCCCAUGGAACUCCACGAACACCAUCUCACUCAACACCAUCAAGUCCUCCAGGUGGAGGUGGAGGCUACAAUCCAACACCAUCAACUCCUCCAGGUGGAGGUGGAGGCUACAAUCCAACACCAUCAACUCCUUCAGGUGGAAAUUGUGGUACCCCACCAAGUGUGCCUACUCCAUCAAACCCUCCGCGAGGUGGUGGAUCCUACCCCACCCCUCCAACCACUGGAGGCAGCCCACCAACACCAGUCAGUGGAAGCCCACCAACCCCCCCAAGUAUCACUCCAGGAACUCCUUUCACCCCCAUGCCUCCGUUCACUCCUGAUCCAAAUUCACCCUUCUCAUGCAAUUACUGGAGAACUCACCCUGCACUAAUAUGGGGUGUUUUGGGCUGGUGGGGAACAAUGGGAAACACAUUUGGUGUGACUAGCUUGCCAGGAAUUGGAACGAGUAUGUCCCUACAGCAAGCACUUUCAAACACACGUACUGACGGGUACGGGACACUCUACCGAGAAGGCACUGCUUCCUUGCUCAACUCCAUGGUAAGCAACAGGUUCCCUUUCACAACCAGGCAAGUCAGGGAGAAUUUCAUUACCGCACUUGCCUCCAACAAGGCUGCAGGGACUCAGGGACGGCUCUUCAAGCUGGCCAAUGAGGGCAAACUCAAACCUAGGGCCUGA